AUGACAAGACCGGCUGACCAGGGCAUCUUUUUUCGAGAACAUGAUGCCUUCGGAGGAUUGCGACAACUUCUCAACGGUUUCUGUGAUCCUCGAAGAUCAAUGGAAGACGACGAUAACGAACCUGGGGCAACCAGCACUGAAAAUCUUUCAAUCAAACCUCGUUCACAAUCAAAACAAGCUCGUCCAACGAAAGAUGAGUCAGAUAGGAAGGCUCCUUCAAUAACUGACACCUCGGUGGAUUCUAAAGAAUAUACAGAGAUAUUCCAAAAGGAUGAAGAAAAAUGGCAUGCACAAAGGGAGGACCUUCAAGAACCCAACUGUCUUCAACACAGUUCUAUUCGAAGCACCCGACGAAGCCAAGUUGUAUUGUUUGCAUUUGCGGCUGUGAUACUCACUAUUUAUGCUCUCAGCUCUCUUGGUUUUACUAUGGAUUUUGCAGUAAUUGAGUCACAAAAGACAACAGCAGAACCAAAGAACCUGAUAAACAUAGGCAUGGCUCCAAAAAAGGGUGGCGCCGAAACAAAAGUUGAACAUGCAGCAACAAGUAGGGAUGAAAUGGCCUUGGAAAGCUUGGAGGCGCUUAAAGAGCUUGUAGCUGAAAUCAAGGCAAUGUAG